AUUUUAUUUUUCAUUUCGUUUCGUUUUAAUUUGUCCAUGUUUCGUUUCGUUCGUUCUCAUUCUCAAUAUUUAGUAUCAACAUGAAGUCUGAAUAUGGAACAAGGCGAUAGAGACAGAGAAGGUUUAAAAGAACACACAGAAGACACAAGAUUAUCAAACUCCACAUCAAGAAAUGAGAUUCCUCUCUCUCUUGAUGUGGAGUUUGGCAGGAAUUGUCACCUAGACAAUGAUUCUUCAGAGUCAAUGUCCAAUGGUGACAGUUCUAACAACGGAACUUAUAACUCUAACAAUACUGAUUCCCAAAGUAGCUGUCAGAGCUUGGAUUUGCCAACACUUGAAGAAUUUGCCAAUAAUGCAAGGAUUCAAAAAGAUUUUGAUGUGCUUUCAGAACUUGGCCAAGGAGGAUUUGGAGCAGUCUUUAAAUGCAAACAUAAGGUUGAUAACAACUUUUAUGCUCUCAAAGUAAUCCCCCAUCAUAGCAAAGAUCGAGAAUUGAUAUCAAAAGAAGCUAAAGUCUUUUGCCAGUUCAACCAUCCAAAUAUAGUACGUUAUAAUGCCAGCUGGCUAUUAACAGAGGAAGUUUCUUCAGCUGAUGUAGAUAAUGACAACUCACAAGAAGAGGAUGACAACUCACAAGAAGAGGAUGACAACUCACAAGAAGAGGAUGACAACUCACAAGAAGAGGAAGAUGAUGGAAUCCAGUUUGAACAAGAUGAGGAUGGUCAACAUGUUCAAUGUGAACAGCAAGAUGAAGAAAGCCAUUCAACAGAUGGAAAUCAACUCUUAGUCAUCCAAAUGGAAUUUUGUAAUAUAACCUUAAGACACAGAAUUGACAAUGCAGAUUUGUCAAAAGAAUUAAAACGGAAAUUUUUCAAUGAAAUAUUAGAAGGAGUGGAAUAUAUUCACAAGGCAGGAGUAAUGCAUAGAGAUUUAAAUCCUAAAAACAUUUUCCUGAAGAAUGGAAUUAUCAAGAUUGGUGAUUUUGGGAGUGCUAGAAAUGUAGUUCAGUACCAAGAUGGACUGUGUAGAAAUAUGAAUGGCGGUAAAGUAAUGGAGGAUGUAAUGACAGAUUACAUAGGCACAUUACCAUACAGUGCACCAGAAUUAAUCAGUCGCAGAUAUGACAAGAGAGUGGAUCUUUACAGCUUAGGAUUCAUCUUGUAUGAGCUUAUACAUCCAUUUCCACAAAACACAACAGAGCAACAGAAAGAACCAAUUAUAAAGGGCUUGCGUCUAAAAGAAAUUGAGAUUCCAGAAGUGGUCCAAGGUAGCACAAGGCAUAUCAUCUUAAAAUUGCUGAACCAUGAUCCUGAUGAAAGAAUGACCUUACUUGAUAUUAAACAAUGUCUAGAAAAGGAUAUAUCAAACCAACUUGGAUGUAUGAGGAAAAAUGGUACACAGGUGUAUGGAGCAGAAGGUGGAGAGACAGACAGUGAAAUUUAUCGUUAUAUUAAAGAAAGAGAGAAAUCAAAGGCAGAAAGUGUGCAGGAUAUUGACAUGAAUUCAUCUGCGAUUCCAAGAAGAAAAGAAUUAGUUCAGGAGUUCAACACACAGUUAGAGUACUCAGAAUGUAUGAUUGAACAGUACAAUCUACAGAGGAAAUUGAUGAAACUGCAACAAACCAACAUUAUCAAUACAUUUAGUUCACUUUCUAAGGAGAAAAGAGAAGAGAUGGUUCAAAAUAUAAAACAUCAAAAUACUAAUUUAAAACAACAGAAGAUUAACAUUCUUAGCAUGAAAGGUGAUAAACCUACACAAUUGGCAUCUUCCAUUUCCAGCAAAAAGGUCAUGCAUGAAAGCUCAACAUCACACUCAAGUAUUCCACCAAAUGAAUAGUUAACACAAAUAUUGCUAUCCUCUUGUCUUCAAAAUCUUGUAGUAAAAAUUCUUCAACUAAAAUGCAAAUUGGUAGAGUAAGUGCUGUAAACAUUAACUUUAACUGUUGUAAGAAAUAUGUGUCUCUAUUUAGCAGAGUAAUUGAACUUUUCAACACAAAUGGAUUUAAAAUUUCACUCUUAUUUUUUAUAGAAAUUUCUAUGAUUAAUAGAAAAUUUAGUUUAAAAUGUCAUGUAGGGGUUUGAAAUUUUAGGAAGAUAAGAAAAGACACAUCUUUUGUUAUCUCCAUAUUUGUCCAAAAGAGGUUGCAUUUUAAGGAAAAACAACUGGCACAGAUUUAGAAUCUCUUAACCUUCUAGAAAAUUACAAAAAAAAAAAAUCCAAUAAUAAAUAUGCAUAUAUACUAACUGAAAAAAAAACAGAGAAAAAAAAAGAAAAGAAGAAUAUAAGCACUUUUAAAAAAUUCAACUAAAUAAAAUAAACAAAAAAAGCCCAGCCUUAUGAACACACACCAUAAAAACAAACAGAAAGAUUAAGAAAAACAAGCACUAAGACUUCAAAAAAAUUAUAAAGAAAAAACACACAUUCCACAUACACACCCAUAUUUAUAUAACUUAUGUGGACCAACAGAAAAUGAUAUUAACAAAAAAUCGAAAUACUAACAAGGCUGGUUAUUUUGAUCUGGACUUGUUAGAUUUCAGCAAUAAAAAUUAAAAAAAAAAUUAAUAAUAUUUACAACUCAAUUCUAAGAUUAAUUAAGUUCUUAGUAUUUUUUUAAGUCAAAAUAAAAAAAAAACAGUCCAUUUUUCUUGCUAAUAAAGAUAUUUUAAAUAAAUAAUCUUGGAAAUAAAUUACUUUGACAUUUUAAAUGUAGAAUGUGUGUGUAAAAAAAAAGAAGAAAAAUAUAAAUAAAAUGAUAAAAAAAUAGCAAAAUAAAUGAGGAACUCAUGAUGUCGUAUGGGAUAAAUGUGUUAAUAAUAUGUGAGACAUGUGUAAGCUUUGAAUUAAAUUCAUCGUAUUAUGAUUAAUGUGAUCAAACACAAAAAAAUAUUAUGUAAAUGUAAAUUUAAAAAGAGCUAUAAGUUCUAAAGUUUAAGUCUGUACAAAACAAUCAUAUGUUCUUAUGUAAAGAAUUAUUAAAAAAAAUAAAUAUGUUACUGUCAAAAGUAUGUAAAGUUAUUAUGUUAUUCAUGUAAAAAAUAAAAAUAUAAUGUAAAAUGUUUAUGAAACCAUACUUGUAAUAUUGUACAACAAUAGACACAUUUUCUUCCUUAUACAUAAAGGAAAUAAAAAUGACAUUAUAUUCAUGUUUAAAGAUUGUGUGAUACAUGGAACUAUCUUUGUGUGAUAAAAAUUGUUUUGAAAUAGUUUCAACAGGUUGGAGCAUACGAAUGUAAACAUGAUGGAUGAACUUUAAUAAAUGAUUCCUCAAA